AGAAACCUGACCGGACCAACAUUUCAACGAAGGAGCUGUUUUGGAGUUUUGGUGGCAAUUAGCAUAGUUGGGAUGGGUGGAACAAGACGACGACCUUAACAAAUUUGAAAAGUAAAUAGCUUCAUACACACUCUUCCCUGCCCGGUUCUUCGUUUGCUCCUUUACACACGAGGAACAUACACGUUCUGGUUUUGCACGUAGAUUUUUUUUUUUUUUUUUCAUUUGGGUGAAUUGAUUACCUAUGGCACAGAAUCCAAAAUAAUUUUUUUUUUUUAAAAGCUAAAAGAAUAGAAAAGAGGAAGUGGGUAUUUCGAAUCUUGACUAAAUGAAUUGAAGGAUUGGGGAGUGCAGAUAAGUGGUGAGGAGUUCAUCUUUAUCGGGUUCGUUCGCUUUAUAAAUAGAAAUAUGGGAAGAAAACAGUCCAUGCGGAGCAAAGCGGCCCACUUUGUAUCUGAUCUCACCACGGUCUUCCUCAACCCCAUUUCAGAUAAACCAUCCAAGCCCCAACCCAAUUCACCUUCUCCUGUUUCUGUAGAUGAGACUGAGUCAAAAAGAAAUCAACUUGAGCCAAAUGGUGAUGAGGGUUCUGAAGAUUUAGUUGUUGGUCCAGAUACUUCUUCGUUCUCGGCAUUUCUUUACUCGCUUUUGUCAUCUGCGGAGUCUGGAGAUAAUACAAACUCAGAUGACCAAGUUGAUGAGAAAGUGGAGCAGGCUAAUCCCCCACCUAACUCCUCAAUGAAAGAAAAUGGUGGAAGGAGAAGCUUAUUUUCCAAGGGAAAACAAACCCUUGGUAGGGUUGUCAACCAAGCUGCAAGAUUUAGUGGGUAUCGAAAUCAGCAGGGCAAGGGUGAUUCUGACUUGAAAAUUGAUGGCAACAAUAAUGCUAAUACUUCUUACUCUGGUGGAGUGGAGAUGAGACACAUCCAGAAAGUGAAUGAUCCAGAAUCUUCAAGUGAUUUGCCUGGUGUUUCGGAGCCUUCAUUACUUCUCUCAGAGAAUACAAGAACUGCUCUCUAUGCUUCACUUCCAGCACUUGUUCAGGGAAGGAAAUGGUUUUUACUAUACAGCACAUGGAGGCAUGGAAUUUCACUUUCAACGCUAUACAGAAGAAGCAUGCUUUGGCCUGGCCUCAGUUUGCUGGUUGUUGGAGACCGUAAAGGUGCAGUUUUUGGUGGCUUGGUUGAGGCACCCCUAAACCCAACAAACAAGAAAAAAUAUCAGGGUACGAAUGCGACUUUUGUUUUCACAGAUAAACCUGGACAUCCUGUUAUCUUUCACCCUACAGGUGCGAAUCGCUAUUUCACUUUGUGCUCCCUUGACUUUUUAGCAAUUGGCGGGGGUGGUCACUUCGCACUAUAUUUGGACAAUGAUCUAUUAAAUGGAUCAAGCUCAGUCUCAGAAACCUAUGGGAACCCUUGUCUUGCGCACUCGGAGGACUUUGAAGUAAAAGAAAUUGAGUUCUUUCCAAUGCAAUGCAGCUAUGGGGUUUUGUGUAUCCAUCAAAGUACGAUGAGAUAGUUGCCAUGAGCCAUAUGGAAGCACCUGGUAUCUGCCGAUGGUGAAUGCUCUCCAGGCAUGAUUAAGAAACUGGCAGCUGAAACCUUGUUAUCGGCGGUUAAUGCUUGGUGAAGCUGACCAAACUAACAAGUGAAAUCACAGGACUUUCUGUACAGAUCAACUGUUUGUUGUUAAUUUUCAUCCCCCCCAAGAAAAAAGAGUUUUUGUUGGUAAUGUUUUGAUCUCUUAUUUGCAUAUAAAGGUCGUUCCCUGUAUAUAUGUUUCAAUAAACACAGAUAUUUGUACAGCAGCCAGUUUUGUGCAAAGUAUGCUACUGUUUUGUAGUUUUAAACAUUUUAUAUGGACUGUAACCUCUUCAGUCCCAUCUGUCUUUUGACAGCUAAAUAUCAAAAUCAGUGCUGAUUCAAUACUUA